AUGUUGUCAAAAUGCGAUGCAUUGAUAAGCGCUCUUGUUUUGACGCUCUAUUAUGUGGGCGUGGCUGGCGCCGAUGAUCGUCGCGAUUUCGUGACAUUGGGCGUAAAGAAGAGCAGGCGUGACAGCGCCACAAGAUCCCCACAACGAUUUGGUGGUAUGUCCAUCGAUGGUAUAGGCUAUCACUACACGUUGCGCUACCAGCCGGGCAUUCAUCUCCAGAGCUUUGCACAGCAACAGGAACAGGAGAUGACUAUGGCACCGCCGAUGACAGAGAUGCCGCCGGCGCCGACAGAGCCUAUGGAACCCGAUGAACCCGAACCAACUAUACCAAUGCGUCCGACUUCCAUGGAACCAGAAACGGACCCAUCUGACACGCCAACUGAACCCAACAGCACGGACAUGAUGCCAAGUGUUAUGCCAACGGAAAACCCAUCAGUUAAGCCUCCGGUGAAACCUUCGGUAAAACCUUCGAUGAGGCCUUUUCCACCGCCCACUCCCUCCACCACGCGCACCUCUAUCAUGCAGCCGCAGACAUUUUCCACCAAGCUGGCAAAUAAACUUAAGCAGCUCAUCUAUGGAUCGCCGAUCGAGGCAAAUCUUAUACAGAAACAACCUGGCGCACCCAAAUCUAAGGGCAAGGGCUUCUUGAGUCUCUUCGAGGUGAUCAAGUUUCCCAACACCAAGUGCAGCGUUUCGAUGGGCGACAUACGCACCAUGGAGGGUGUCUGCUAUCACGAGUUCGAAUGUAAAAGCUUGGGCGGCAUACCCACCGAAAGCUGUGCCGAGGGUGUCGGCGCCUGUUGUAUCUUUGUUAACGGCUGCGGCGAUGUUACCAGCCAACAGAUCGUGUACUUUGAGAGUCCCAACUAUCCACAGGCCGUGCGUGAAAUGAUGAUCUGUGUGCUGAUCGUAAAUCUCAGGAAGGGGGUGCAGCAGCUGCGUUUGGACUUUCAAAUGUUCGAGCUGAGUCGCCCCACAGAUGGUGAUUGUUUAGAUGAUCAGUUCAUCAUAUCUGGACACAAUGCUAACUUUCAAGUACCCAUACUCUGUGGCAUUAAUACGGGUCAACAUAUUUAUGUGCAUGUGGGCGACUCCAAUGAGAGCAAGAUAUAUCUCUCGGUAUUUGUCAAGGUCUCCAGCGGUGGGCGAUCGUUUAAUAUUAUGAUCAGACAACUUGAAGAUGAGCUCGCGCCGGAUAAUUGCCUACAAUAUUUCAGCGACGGUGAGGGUAUAAUCAAGUCCUUCAACUAUGACGUAGCUGGCAGCAUUGUGGACAACCGCGAGGCAACCUAUCUAAAUAAUCUCAACUAUGCAAUAUGUUUGGCCAGGUCUAAGAACGUGUGCAGCGUAAGCUAUAUCACCGAGCAGCAAGGCGGAGAUCAGCCCGACUUUCAGCUCAUCAAUAAGGAUGAGGCAGAAAACGAUCUGGUGGCCGAUGGCCAGGCCGGCGCUGGGAUCUUCAAUUGCCCGGACGACUUCAUAGCCAUCAAUUCAGUGCGACUGUGCGGAGAGCGACUGAACGAUGGAAUCGAGGUUGAGGAUUUUACCAUGCAUGCCACAGUGAGGGAUAUAGCCGCCGGUCCCAUAGUGCUGCCCUUUCGCACCGAUGCCGAAUAUGUGGGUCGCGGCUUUCGUCUGCUCUACAGGCAGGAGUUGUGUGUCUGAUAUGGAUGCAGCUCGGUUACGGUUAGAUUUACCGCUGCAGUUACUGU